UUCGCCCAUCUACCCCAACUACACACCAUUAAUUUCACACAUUCGGUGCUUGCACAUACCUAUAGAGAGAGAGAGAGACCAUUAUAUAGUAUAUGCAAAUCUCAAAAUCUCCGCAGAUCAACUAGAGGAGGCUCUCUCGUUUACACACUCUGUUUCCUGAACUGGGUCUCUCUCAUUUUCAAAGAUGAAAGUGUCUGUUGUUACGCGGAGUGGUAAAGAAUUCAUCAAGGGAGGCCUCGAGCUCAAUGACUCCCUCUCCAUCAUUGUUGUGGCUGAUCUGCAGGAAGCAAUUCACCGGCGAUCGAAAAAAUAUUAUCCUUCUAGACAGCGCCUGACCCUCCCAAUCCAACCGGGCUCUAAGGAAAAGCCCAUUGCCCUUAACUACAAGAAAAGUCUCAAGGAAUAUUUUGAUGGGAACUCGGACAACUUGAUUGUGGUGUUCAAGGACCUUGGUCCACAAGUUUCGUACCGUACACUUUUCUUCUUUGAGUAUUUGGGUCCUCUAUUCAUCUAUCCAAUUUUCUACUACUUCCCUGUCUAUCAAUUCUUUGGCUACAAAGGAGAGCGUGUCAUCCACAAAGUUCAGGCAUAUGCUUUGUACUACUGGUGUUUCCACUACUUUAAACGUAUCAUGGAGACAUUCUUCAUUCACCGCUUCAGCCACGCAACCUCACCGCUCUCUAAUGUGUUCCGGAAUUGCGCUUAUUACUGGACUUUUGGUGCUUAUAUUGCAUAUUAUGUGAAUCACCCAUUUUAUACACCUGUUAGUGACCUCCAAAUGAAGAUUGGAUUUGGUUUUGGAUUACUUUGUCAAGUCGCAAACUUGUACUGCCACAUCUUGCUCCGGAAUCUUCGGAGUCCUGAUGGGAAUGGAGGGUACCAAAUCCCACGUGGGUUUUUGUUCAAUAUUGUCACGUGCGCGAAUUACACAACAGAGAUUUAUCAGUGGCUGGGCUUCAAUAUUGCAACACAAACGGUUGCGGGUUAUGUCUUUGUUGUGGUUGCUACUUCUAUUAUGACUAACUGGGCACUCGCUAAGCACCGUCGUCUAAGGAGGCUAUUUGAUGGGAAGGAGGGAAGACCUAAGUAUCCCCGACGAUGGGUCAUACUACCCCCAUUCCUGUAGAAGGGACCAGUCCGCUACUUGAUGUCUUUAGUAACUAGAGGUCAUUCUUAUUUAAAUUUGCUAGUAAAGGGUAAGAUCUUCACCCUCAUAGUUGCAUUGGAGGCCUUGUAGACCGUCUUUGUUAUGUUGAUCAGUUGUAGCUUUCUUUCUCUCAAUUUGAAUGCUUUAUAUUAUUGUUUGAAGCAACACACAAGAUUCUUGAACUUUCAAUAUUGCAAGCUCUUGGUGAUGAAUGAAUAUUGCUUUGUACUAGAGGCCGAUUGUUCUCAGUCUAAACUGUUAUCUGCAGUACUUCUAUGCAAUGUUUGUGCUUGCAGCCAUCAACAA